ACGUUUGGAAGCAGCGAUGGAGAAGUAUGAGAAAAUUAAAGUUGUCGGAAGAGGAGCUUUUGGGAUUGUUCACCUGUGUCGCAGGCGCAACGACGGGGCUUUUGUCAUCCUGAAGGAGAUCCCAGUGGAGCAGAUGUCACGAGAUGAACGUCUGGCAGCUCAAAACGAGUGUCAGGUCCUGAAACUGCUCAACCAUCCAAACAUCAUAGAGUACUAUGAGAACUUCCUUGAAGACAAGGCCCUCAUGAUAGCUAUGGAAUAUGCACCAGGUGGAACCUUGGCUGAUUACAUACAGAAGCGCUGUAACUCUCUGCUGGACGAGGACACCAUCCUUCACUUCUUUGUACAGAUCUUACUUGCCCUGUACCACGUCCACAACAAACUUAUUUUACACAGAGACCUUAAGACACAGAAUAUUCUUCUGGACAAGCACCAGAUGAUUGUCAAAAUUGGUGAUUUUGGCAUCUCCAAAAUCCUUGUCAGCAAGAGCAAAGCUUACACGGUGGUCGGGACCCCAUGCUACAUCUCCCCAGAGCUGUGUGAGGGAAAGCCGUAUAACCAGAAGAGUGACAUCUGGGCUUUGGGCUGUGUGCUCUAUGAGCUAGCGAGCCUUAAGAGAGCAUUCGAGGCUGCUAAUCUACCCGCCCUCGUUCUGAAGAUCAUGAGCGGAACAUUUGCUCCAAUUUCAGACCGGUACAGCCCUGAGCUUCGACAGCUCAUCCUCAACAUGCUCAAUCUGGAUCCAUCCAAACGGCCUCAACUAAAUGAAAUAAUGGCUCUGCCCAUAUGCAUCAGGCCCCUGCUUAACCUCUACACAGACAUAGGCAAUGUCAAAAUGCGCAGGAUUGAGAAACCACUGUCUGCUGUGCAAACUGGUUGUCAAGGUAGACCAGGAGGGAGAGUUCCUACCAACAGGUCGAGAGAUGGAUCAGUCAGUUUGGGAUCAGGGAAGCUACAUUCCCUGCCGCUGUCCUCUGUGUAUACGUGGGGAAGUGGUAUAUCAGCGCCUCUCCGUCUGCCGAUGCUCAACACAGAGGUACUUCAGGUGUCUCUGGGCCGCACUCAGAAGAUGGGGGUGACCAAGUCAGGCCGGCUGAUUACAUGGGAGGACGGAACAGCUGUGAUCUACUCUGCACUCCUGGGUCAACUUGUUGAUGCGCCAUCAGUGGGGUCUGGUGAGGCCAAUCUGCCUGGUGUGGUGGAGCAAAUGCAGCCUCAGUUCAUUUCACGUUUCCUUGAGGGUCAGUCUGGAGUCACCAUCAAGUCUGUGUCCUGCGGCGAUCUUUUUACCACCUGCAUGACAGACAGGGGUAUUAUCAUGACGUUUGGGAGUGGGAGCAAUGGCUGUCUAGGACACGGUAACUUCAAUGAUGUAACACAGCCCAAGAUAGUUGAGGCACUCCUCGGCUACGAGCUGGUUCAGGUGUCAUGUGGUGCUUCCCACGUACUCGCUGUGACCAAUGAAAGAGAAGUAUUUGCCUGGGGAAGAGGAGACAAUGGUCGCCUCGGGCUAGGCACCCAAGACACCCAUAACUCUCCACAGCAGGUGUGUUUACCUGUGGAAUUUGAGGCCCAGAAGGUGGUGUGUGGAGUUGACUGCUCCAUAAUUAUCAGCACCCAAUACAGCAUUGUGGCUUGUGGAAGCAACAGGUUCAACAAGCUUGGGCUGGAUAGAAUAACAGCUGGAGAAGAACCAAAUCCCUCGAAUCAGGUGGAAGAAGUUCAUUCUUACACUCCUGUCCAGUCAGCCCCACUCAGCAGUGAGACGAUUGUUUACAUUGACAUUGGGACUGCCCAUUCUGUGGCUGUUACAGAAAGGGGUCAGUGUUUUACCUUUGGCAGCAAUCAGCAUGGCCAGAUGGGCUGCAGUUCCCGUCGAAACAGCCGUGUGCCCUACCCGGUGCCUGGGCUGCAGGGCAUCACCAUGGCUGCCUGUGGAGAUGCUUUCACCCUAGCUAUUGGAUCUGAAGGGGAGGUGUACACCUGGGGAAAGGGCGCCCGAGGCCGCCUCGGAAGAAAAGAGGAGGAUUCUGGGAUACCGAAGGCGGUGCAGCUUGACGAGAGUCACUCGUUCGCAGUGACAUCAGUGGCCUGUUGUCAUGGCAACACUCUGCUGGCAGUGAAACCUUUGCUUGAGGAACCUGUCCCGAGAUGAUUUUUUUCUAAAAACCUACCCACUCAGCGUUCGUCAUGAAGCCCGGCGGUGGCAUGAGGUGAAAGACAGCUUCCUCUGAAUAACUCCUCCCAGAGGCCCAUCUGUGCUGCAGUUGAAAGAUUCCCUUUCAUACUGCAGCUGUGGCCUCAGACUUUCACUUGGUCUUCCUCUCCAUCUAGUUUUUUCACCCCUUCCUCCUGGAAUGAAUGUUUGUUUCAUUUGGUGGUUUGAUAUCAGGCCGCAAAGCACAUAAAAGGUCAAAACCUGUGUGUUGCGGCAGGUGUAUCUCACAACAGGUGAGUUAAAGGAAUGUUGCAACACUGUUAGCUGGAUUACAGGAAGUCAUUAGGCAGCUUUCACGCAGUGAGCUUUUGUCCUCUCUCACGUGCAGGGUUAGCAUGAUAAAGACCAGUAAAAGCCAAACUGGUUUGAGCUCUCUUAAGCCACUAUUGAAUGAGAUGAUACAAUUCAAAGAAACGCAAAGAAUAAAUGCCACUUGAGUGUUUAGUAACUCAUCAGUCAAAUGAACCAAACACAGUAAUCUUGAUGACGUCGUCAGUGGCCACAUUGUGCUUUAUUGGAUUAGCCCGCCAAUACAUUUGUAACUCAACAGAAGCGUUCAAAUCAGAUAAUGAUGUGUUGUGUAGGGUUCAACUGAACAACGUCUUUAUGACUUAGAGAAUGUGGCUGUGUCCGAAAUCACUCCAUUGUUCACUCGUUCACUCGUUCACUGCUCCUUACACAGUAGACACUCAGUAGUUUACAUUGUAGCGAGCAGUAAAUUGAGAUUUCACACAUA